AUGGCGACCCCUCAGGUGAUCUCGAACUCGGGGCACGAAGAAAUGAUUCAUGAUGCUGGUUUGGAUUACUACGGCCGCCGGUUGGCAACAUGUUCGUCCGACAAAACGAUAAAGAUCUUUGAGAUUGAGGGGGAAUCACACCGUCUGGUUGAGACACUGAAGGGCCACGAGGGUGCUGUGUGGUGUGUCGCAUGGGCUAACCUCGCCAUUCUCUCGUCUCAGGCUCACCCUAAAUUUGGCACAAUUCUAGCUUCCUCCUCUUACGAUGGCAAGGUUCUGAUCUGGCGGGAACAGCCCCAGAAUGCGACCUCCCCCUCCGGUGGUAGCACAUGGACCAAGGUCUUCGAUUUCUCCCUCCACACUGCCUCUGUCAACAUGGUUUCUUGGGCUCCCCAUGAGAGUGGAUGCCUUCUUGCCUGCGCUUCUUCCGAUGGCCACGUUAGUGUGCUCGAGUUCCGUGACAACAACUGGACUCACCAGACAUUCCACGCCCACGGAAUGGGUGUCAACUCUAUUAGCUGGGCUCCCGCCGCCUUUGCUGGUAGCUUGAUCAGCUCCAACCCCGGACCCGGCCAACAACGCCGAUUCGUGACCGGUGGAAGUGACAACCUCGUCAAGAUCUGGGAUUACAACGCGGAAUCCAAAUCCUACAACCUCACUCAGACCCUCGAGGGUCACUCCGACUGGGUCCGUGAUGUCGCAUGGUCCCCGAGCAUUCUCUCCAAGUCCUACAUUGCCUCCGCCUCGCAGGACAAGACCGUUCGCAUCUGGACUUCUGACGCCUCUAACCCGGGCCAAUGGUCCAGCCAAACAUUGGAGUUUGACUCUGUUUUGUGGCGCGUUAGCUGGAGUCUCAGCGGUAACAUUCUGGCCGUAAGUGGAGGUGAUAACAAAGUCAGUUUGUGGAAGGAGAACCUCAAGGGACAGUGGGAGAAGGUCAAGGAUAUCGAGGAAUAG